UCUGAUAUCUACGCUAAGCUGAGCAGCAUCGUCUUCAUCGCCACACUACAAAUGAAGAAGUAUGGCUGAACACUAAAAAUAUGUCCUGUGUUUUAACCAGAGCCAUGGUUAAUAUAUUUCCAAGCGGACAGAACACUUUUUCACCAUGAGGAUCCACUGCAAGGUCGUGGCGAUCGCGGUAUGUUUCGGAGUUUUUCUACUUUUGUACUUUUUCGGGGGGAACGCUGCGGACGAGCCGCCGCUGAAAGAAGUUGCGAAAGAAAAUCAUUUUCAAUCCUUUAGUCAUAUCGAGGAUAUAGCACCGGCAAAAAAAGCGAAACAAGUCAACGAAGAGACACAAAAACCACCGAGACUAAUCCGCAAAGAGCCGAAGUUGAGCAGCAGAGGAGGAGGGAAUGUCAUCGCAAAGACUCGGCAGAAAAGUGAGGUGGGACGUCCUGGGUCAAAGGUCACACAAACAGAGGAUGUCAUGCACUUGGCAGUGGUGGCUUGUGGGAACCGUCUAGAUGAAACGCUCAACAUGGUUAAGUCAGCACUGCUCUUUAGCAUAAAGAAGAUCAAAUUCCACAUCUUUGCAGAAGAGGACCUGACCGAACAAUUUGAAAAAGGGUUCAGUCAGUGGCCUCAGACGGUGUCCUCCAGGUUUCAUUAUAGCAUAUAUCCAAUCACCUUCUCUGUGGGGAAUGCAGACGAAUGGAAGAAACUCUUCAAGCCAUGUGCUGCCCAGAGGCUGUUUCUUCCCGUUAUCCUGAAAGACGUGGACUCGCUGUUGUACGUGGACACAGAUGUUCUCUUUCUACGCCCUAUGGAUGACAUCUGGAAGUUUCUGAAGGCUUUCAACAGCACUCAGCUAGCUGCCAUGGCCCCAGAGCACGAGAUCCCUAAGAUCGGCUGGUAUAGCCGCUUUGCAAGACACCCCUUUUAUGGAGUCACAGGGGUCAAUUCAGGGGUCAUGCUAAUGAACCUUACACGGAUUCGUAGUACUCUGUUCAGGAACAGCAUGAUCGCCAGCGGUCUGUCAUGGGAAAAUCUGCUUCACCCUCUCUAUCAGAAAUACAAGAACCACAUCACAUGGGGAGACCAAGACCUCCUCAACAUCAUCUUCCACUACAAUCCAGAGUGUUUGUACAUAUUUCCAUGCCAGUGGAACUACAGGCCAGAUCACUGCAUGUAUGGAAGCAACUGCAAGGCUGCGGAAGAGGAGGGGGUGUCUAUUCUUCAUGGUAACCGUGGCGUGUACCAUGAUGACAAGCAGCCCGCUUUCAGGGUGGUGUAUGAUGCCAUACGUGAGCAUCCUUUUGAGGAGAACUUGUUCCAGUCUUUAUUUCACCCUCUUCAGACUAAGUUCCUGGACACAGUUAACACCCUUUGUGGAAGGAUACCACAAGUGUUCCUCAAACAGAUUGAGAAGACCAUGAGGGUUCUUUAUGAGAAAAAAGUGGUGCGCCGUGUCCGACUGCCACAUGAAUAAUGAACCUCGACUGCAUUUCAGCAUCAUAAGGAAGAAUCUCUGCCUGCUUGCUUGAAUCAGAGUGAUCUUUUCAUCGACGAGGAGCAAUGCCAGAGGCAAGCUACAUUUGUUCCAUUAGGCACAGUAUGAGCUUAAUGAGCCAGAGGAGUUGGAGAUUUAAGCUGGAAGUUUCAUUUGAGUAGAGGUUUUGGUCUGCUGGAUGGAAUCCGCAAUGCAGGAUGAAUGGAACGCCAGCAAUACCAUCAAAAACUCUUGAAACAGAGAAGUGACCAAAUGCAUCGAGUGUCUCCAACUGUGAGAAACCAACAACCUGAAUGUUCCUGAAAGAAUAUGAGAGACUCGUUGACAAAGCGGUUUUUAACCAAUCCAAAAAAAUAUGGAUUUAUAACUGUUUAUCUACAACUGUGUUCUACCACUUUUCAGCAUCUAGUUUAUCAUGUCUGGUAUUACACAAUUGGAGUGUU